GUAUAUUGUAGGAAACUUGCUGCGACAGCUGUGGUCUUUUGCUGCACUCAUGGCCACAAAGUGCUCCUUGGCAGACGAAGGCUUCCGCUUACACUUGGGCCUUCCACAAUGGCUUGCCCAUUGCCUGGUCGAGGACGGCCCAGUUCGCCGUUUGAUUUCAUGGCUCUCUCCCUACGCAUUGCCAAUUGAAGUUCCCUUCUUUUGGUGCUGGACACACCUUCCUCCACAUCUCCGGUAUAUCAUUUUGAUGGCACCUUGGUACUUCUGGGUGGUGCUCCACAAGAUGCUUCCUGGCGUGCUGGUGAGGAGAGGCAUGGUGGAUGACUUGUCAAUAGAAGCGCAUGCCUUGGGGAAUAUCCUCUACUGGGUUCGCAUUAUUCCCAUCACUGCAAGGCGAAUGCGUUUCAGCUUGAAUCAGCUGGACAGUAGCUGCCCACCUUCACUGAGUUUGAAGCUGGAACACAUCCACAUACCUGAACGUGGUGUGCGUGGAACCUAUUUGCACAUUGGAGGAAACGGAAAGGUGAUCUAUUGGAUUUUUGGAGGUGCCUUUGUCGGGGGGAGCAUCAAAGGGAGCAUGGGCUUUGCGGAACAGUACGGUCGCCGGACCGGAUGCGAUGUCUUCAUGAUCGACAUGCGGCUCUACCCCGAGCAUCGCAUUGAGGACGCAGUGGUUGAUGCGUGUCGAGGAUACGAAUGGUUGCUGACAAGGACGUCAUCAAAGGACAUUGUGGUGUAUGGCCUCUCUUCAGGUGGCGGCGUUGCUCUGCGAUUGCUGCAGUUGGCAGCAGCGAAAGAAUCCGAACAAGCACGGUUCUUUCAAAACCCCUCUGAAAGAAAAGGGCAACCUGCAGGUGCAAUCCUCUGUGGUGCGUGGAUUCGCUAUACGACUCCCACACGCAGCAUGAAAGAGUAUACGGUGGUGGACUGGGUCGUGACUCAGCGUGUGUUCGAGUUCAUAUUUCCGCAGCUCGGCGAUAUGUGUGGAGGGGAGGAGCUUCGAAAGAAAGUCUCUCCACUGUGCAAUGACAUGAAGGGUUUGUGCCCUUUGUACAUUUCAGUCUCCAAGCACGAAGUUUGCAUUGAUGAGAACUAUGAGCUCAUCCAGAAGGCAAAGGACGUGGGUGUGGAGGUCGUGGUUGAUGAGGUGCCUUACAUGCCCCAUGCUUUCCAAUGGUGCACUGCAUUCUUACCAGAAUCCAAAGAGUCAGACAACCGAAUCGUGACAUGGAUGAGAAGCAAGCUGGGCCAAUGAUCGUCCGCAAUUGCACAUUUGGAUGCACCAAGUGCACUGUGUAGUUGCACAAGCUUGUUUAAGCAACCAAGUGUGGACAGCAUGGCUGCCAAAUGCCUCUGGACUCUGGCACUCACAUGCAGGGCAGCGUCUAGUGUAGUCUGCUAGAAAGCAGCAAUCACCACGAGUGAGGCAAUGAGGCAGUGCUUCCAUGCUUGCUCGCCACUUCAAUAGUUUGACGAGCGUCCAACUGUAUAGUACAGCACCCUUGAUCCGACCGAUAAUGGCGCUUCAUAUCAACAAGCGAACCGAAA